AUGAAGAGAUCAAUUCACCAAGAGUCAUGGCUAGUACAAGAGAAGAAAGAGCCCUACAGGGCUAAUGAACGAGCACAUGUCUCCAAUGACCAGGGAAGGUACUCUAGUAACCAGAGUGGCCCUUCUGAAAGGCAUUGCUCGAAUCUUGGUCAGAAGGAAGGGAAAAACCAACCAAAGCCAAUUGGGGCUGCACCUCGAGUUUAUGCACUCACCCAAGGUGAUAGAGGAGCUGGGACUUUCGACAUGGUGUCAAGUCAGCUUCUUGUGGCUACUAACUCAGCACAUGCAGUGAAGGAUACUGGUGCAUCCCAUUCUUUUAUUGUUGCAUCUUAUGUUGAUAGGAAAGAUAGGAAGCUUGAGCCUAUGGAAAAUGUAUGUGUUGUAUCCUUACUUUCGGGGAAGGAUAUGAUGGUACGGUCUUGGGCUAGAGUCGUACCAGUCUGGGUAGAAAGUCGGGAGUUGACCGUGGAUUUGCUAGUUUUAGAUUUAGAUGAGUAUGAUGUUAUUUUUGGUAUGGAUUGGCUAACCAAAUGUGGGGCGGUGGUGAAUUGCAAACAAAGAAAGGUGGCUUUUAACCCACAUGGGGAAGAACUGUUCGUGUUCCCGGACACAACUCAAGAGAAGAAUUUUUCUAUAAUCUCCACCUCAAAGUUUAGGAAAUUACGGGACGAUGGAUGUAUCGGCUACUUGGCGAAUGUAAUAGAUAAGGAUAGGGUGUCUAAGACACAACCAACUAAGGUAGUGGUGGUGUGA